CCUCACUUGUACUCUGUCAAGCUACCAUUACAUUUCCUUCAACCCGGCUCUAAUGAAGAAACUUUGGCCGAUACUUCGCUCACCAUCACUGGCAUGCUGGUCCAUGCUUCUACACCUUUACCUGCUAGCGUCGGUCAAGCAGAAUCGCAAAAUGUUCUAUGGAAAGGCAGUGCAGGUAUUGUGAGCGUUUAUGGGGCAGGAAGUGGAAGAAUAAAGGUAAAAUCGCCUCAACCAACAAUCGUUUCCCAUUCCACUGAACCUGCUUUACCAUCAGAUCAAGUGACAAAAUCUGGCUCAACCAUCACAUACGGUCCUUUCAGCUCCAUUCCUUCUCUAUUGAAGUCUGGAAGUCAUAGUGUUGCACCUGAAGCAAGGGUACAUUACCUUCACAAUUCUCCCAUUCUCACAAUCGUUGAGGCAGAUCGAAAAGUGAAGAUCUCUCACUGGAAGAACAGAUUGGAGGUAGAAGAUAAGCUAUGGCUUCGUAAUGAUGGUGCAAAACUUAAAGGACAUUUCUCGCGUGUGCAACAUCAAUUGAAUGCUCUGGUCCAAAAGGCAAAAACAAACACUUUGAGCAACAUUGUGAUGCAAUUGCCUCCUGGUGUGGACGGUGCUUAUUUCAUUGAUGAAUCGGGUAAUGUAUCCACUUCCCAGUUCCGUCCCAAGCCUCCUUCUCCAUCUCAUGUGGAUACGCCCCCACACCUUUUGACGCCUUUGAAAGCUUCCAUUUUGGACGUCAGACCUCGUUAUUCGUUGUUGGGAGGAUGGAACUAUACAUGCAGUAUCGGCUGGUACGUCAAAUUGACCGAUGGAUGGCUAAAAACCCAUGAAACAGCAGAAAGAAGAUUUAUCACGCAUAUUCCCUUCUUAGCUGCUGUCAAGGAUACGGCAAUCGAUGAUGCUACUUUACGAAUCAUCUUCCCUGAAGGUUCAAAGGAUAUCUCUUUCAAGGUUCCAUUUGCCGUUGAUGUGGAAAAUGAACGUUCAUGGAGCUUUUUGGAUACGAUUGGUAAGCCUGUUUUGAAAUUACACAAGAAACGAUGCAGUGAAAGACACGGUGGAAUGGUUACAGUGGAGUAU